AUGGCCGAUCCCCGUGUUGAAGAGCUCCCCGACGAGGAGGUCCCCAAGACCCAGGUUGAGGAUGCCGGCAGCGACUCUGAGUCUGAGGCUGGCGAUGAGCCCACCAUCCCCGGUGGUGCCGCCGUCACCAUCCACUCUCGCAACGAGAAGAAGGCUCGCAAGGCCAUUGGCAAGCUCGGCCUGAAGCACGUCCCUGGCAUCACCCGUGUCACUCUCCGCCGCCCCAAGAACAUCCUCUUUGUCAUCAACCAGCCCGAUGUCUACCGCUCCCCUACCAGCAACACCUGGAUCAUCUUCGGUGAGGCCAAGAUCGAGGACCUGAACUCCCAGGCCCAGGCCUCCGCUGCUCAGCAGCUCGCCGAGGCCGCUGCCAACGAGCACGCCGGUCACGACCACGAGCACGACCACGCUCAGGGCAAGGCCCCCGAGGCUGAGGCCAAGAAGGAGGAGGAGGAGGAUGAUGGCGAGGAGGUUGAUGAGUCUGGCCUUGAGGCGAAGGACAUCGAACUGGUUAUGGCCCAGGCUAAUGUGUCUCGCAAGAAGGCCGUCAAGGCUCUUCGGGAGAACGACAACGACAUUCGUAGCGCCGCUCUCAAGAUCGACUGGACCAAGUUGACCAGCUCGCUCGGUCUCCGCGGUCAGACCGCUGCCUCCCUCCAGGCCUUCAAGAAGCGUAACGACGACGCGCGCCGCAAGGUUCAGGUCCUGUCCGAGCAGCCCCAGACCGUCGACUUCGCCCACUACCGCAAGGUGCUGAAGAACCAGGCCAUCGUCGACCAGCUCGAGAGCCACUUCAAGAGCUUCAAGCCCGCCACCUACGAUGUCAACCGCCAGCUGAAGGCCAUCGACGCCUUCGAGGCCCAGGCCGUCCAGAGCGCUGAGGAGACCAAGGGCAAGGUCGAGGUUGAACUCCGCAACCUCCAGAAGACCCUCGAGAACAUCGAGACCGCCCGUCCCUUCGAGGACCUCACCGUCGACGAGGUUGCUGCUGCCCAGCCCGAGAUCGACGAGAAGACCUCCUCCCUUGUCCAGAAGGGUCGCUGGAUGCCGGCCGGCUACAAGGAGCGCUUCGGCGAGAUGUCCGUUGUCUAA